GCAUCUAGUUCUCAGAGAGGAAGUGAGGAUACUACGUAUGAAUCAGAAACGGGAUAGGAAACCGAAAGGAAGGAAUUGUUGCAUAUCUUAAGAAUCCUUCGCCACGAACCUGCAUAUGAUUCUGUUUCCAAUCAUUGAUAACCAAAAUUACCCCUCUUUGUACAACUAUUUCCAUGAGCUGAGUUUGAACUCAACUCGAAUUUCUACAUCGCAAACUACCAUUAAAACCUACCAGUGACCUUACCUCAAUAUUCUUGGUAUUUCCCUUCGAAGUUAUUCCCCAAAAACCUUCCGCAAAAGCACAGUAACGAUGUCUUCCGUAGAUAACAUCGGAGCUGAUGAUACAAGUGCAUCUAAGUUUUAUGAUGGCAUUAGUGACAAAUACGAUAAAUACUACGGACUUGAUCCUGGAUUAUUGACCUUCAUCAAAGAGAGUCUUGAGCUUUUACCUCCUGAUGCUUCGGUAUGAUUGUUGGUCUUUUUAUUACACAUCAUUCUACCCAGUUCUCGACGUUGGAGGACACAAACAAGAUAUAUACUCUCGUAUCUUCUUCAUUCCCAAUAACCAAUCUCCCAGUCCUCUCCUUCCCCAUUCAAACCCACAAACUAACACCCUCCCCUCCUCUCAACAGGUCCUAGACAUCGGAUCCGGCACCGGAAUCCCCACCUCCCUCUCAGUAAUCCAAUCAGGUCGUAAACUCCACGGUAUAGACUUCUCCCCCAAAAUGAUUGCUCUCGCGCAGAAAAACGUUCCAGGAGCAACAUUCGAAUGUAUUAGUAUGCUUGAUUAUGAAGCGAAGGAAAAAUUCGAUGCGGCAUUUGUUAUUUUCUCAAUGUUUCAUUUUCAGCGAAAGGAAAUGGAGAGGGUGGUGGGGAAAUGGAAGGCUUGGGUGAAAGAGGGGGGAUGGAUUUUUGUGGGGACUAUAUUGGCGGAGGAUGCGGGGAUGGUGGAGGAGAGUAUGUUUGAUGAGGAGAGGGUGAGAUCUUUUUUUAUAUUCGAUAUGUUUAUGUUUCAAAUCUUUGUCUUCUUUACACAUGCUUUUCUUCCCUUUUCAUAUUCAUUCAUGGCUAAUCACUAAUAUGAAAUUAUAGCUCUGCGCGGAAAAUGUCCCGGGUAAAUUCAUGGGUCAUGUUUAUGGAAAUUUACUGUAUACGAAGAAAGGAUGGGAGAAAUUAUUAGGGGAUAAUGGGUUUGAGAUUGUGAAGACGAGGAAGGAGGCUUUUCAGGCACAAGCAGAGGCCGAAUGUGAUGAGGAGGUGCAUUUUUGGAUUAUGGCUAGGAGGGUAGGGUAGAUGAAGGAGGAGUGAGAGGAUGGCUGUGGGGAAGGGGUUUCCGAGGGAGGGAUGAGAGUUUGGAUGGGCUGAGAAAUGGACGCGUGAAAAGUAGCAGAAACGAGAAUAUAUCUGUGGAUGGAAAACUAAAUUUCCCUUGCUCGUGCAUGUCUACCUUUGAUUGUGAAUUUUGAAGUGGAAAAUUAUAACAUUACUAAUAAAAAUGAACAUGAACAUGAACAUGAAAAUGAAAAUAUUCCACUACAACCCACACCUCACUAUCUACCACCACCACCACCACCUCCUCCUCCUCCUCCUCCUCCUCCUCUCACUAUCCCCCA